AUGGUGUAUUCCAACCGGCGAAACUCGCUGGUAGUGGGACUCAAUGCUGCUCUCGGCCGCCCCUUUGCCCCGUCUCGGAAAAACUCGGCGCUUUCCAUCCACAGCCAACUGCAGUUUCUGCCACUGACUCUCGACUCCCCGGUUUCUCCCCCACGCCUCAACCAGUCCCGGUCGUCGUUGAGCUUCUACUCGUAUGCCGAUAUGGUCAAUAACGACGAAACAUGGAAAUCGCCGCCAGGGCGCCCUGGUUUCAGACAACUGGUGUCGCAUUCGAUGGUGCCCACCACGAAAAAAUUGGCCCUGACUAGUCGAGUGCCUACCAUGACCUCUCUCAAGUCUGCUCCCGUGCGCCAUAUGUCCAUCAAGGACCGGCCCCAAAGCAACUUGAAUAAUUACUUGAUUUCGCCCGACUCGUCCGACUCGGAAGACGUCCUCCACCGCAAGUCUGUUUCUUCCGAUAACGAAAGCUUGGUUUCAAGUACUAUUGGUGAUUGUCUCCGGCGCACCACCACCGAGAUCAACGGCAACUAA